AUUAUACGGACAAUUAGUGCAUGGCAGGAAUCUACAUACAAUUUCCAAAGUACUAAGCCUAUGGUAGCAGAUUAUGCCAUUGAUGGAAACCGUAAUAACGACCUCUUUGAUUGUGCUCACACGGAUACGACCUUCUCAUAUUGGAGCGUGGAGUUCGAGCGCAUCGAAACAGUAUCCCACGUAAUUGUCUUCUUCAGAAAUCAAAUCAGUAAAAAUUUCAGGAAUACAGAGAUGCGGUUGCUGAUUUCAUCUACACGGAACGAAUCUGAUAAUAACGUAGGUACCGAUUGUGCUUACUACGAUGGACCCCCUGAAUCGCCGUCUCCACCCGUAAAGAUCAGUUGUAAUCACCCAGUGGCAGGAAAGUUUCUUAAGAUAAUUCACUACUUUCAGAAUAAGCUGGUUCUGUGUGAAGUUGAGGUUUACCAUGUUUAAAAGGACAUAACUUUGUUUUUAAGUAAGCGUUAAAACACAACGCCUCGCUUUGAACGAAAUAUUCUUAUCAAAUUGUUGAAUAAUUUUACUUUACAUUAUGGGGACAAAAUGAGACGCCAAUACAACUGAAGAUACCAAAGUCGACAGUCAUCAGGCGAGUAGAAACUGUUGUGUCAAGCCAUGUUCGAGAA